UGUGUACCUUUUCAUGUCUAUCAUGCGCUAUAAUACCGUAAUGACGCUAUUUCCGAAAACACUCGAACGCAGCAUGCAGCACAACACCUGUGUAACUCCGGUUGUUAAAAAAAGUCCACAUCAUUGUCAUUAAAACACCAUUUCCCAGCGUUCAUUGCGCGAGUGUUGCUGUCUUUCUCUGUGGUCGUGGCAACCGAAGGCUCCCUGGGAACUAGAGUCUCGUCUCCGCAUCUCCCAUUUUCCACAGGUUUCGCGAGAUUUACAUAGGCGGGCUGGUGUGUGGCAGCAUUUCCCUGCCAGACGAACUGAACAAUACUGAUAUGAAAUCUGCGUAAAGCCUUUGACUUUCUGGAGGCAUGUCCAAGAAAAGAGGCAGAAAGCGGAGUAGCGGGGAGCUGAGUGACACAUUGACCCCGGAUCCGAACAGCAUUCUGGGAGUCCGCAUUCAGCAUAACUGGCGUGAGAAGGGGAACCAGAGCAAAUGGAAGGGAACGGUACUGGACAGGUUGAGUGUGAACACUUCUCUCUUCAUGGUGAAGUAUGACGGCUUCGACUGCGUCUAUGGCAUCGAGCUGUUCAAGGACGAGAGAGUGUCGAACCUGCAGGUCCUGUCAGAAAAAGUUGUAAACAACAAGAUCAAGAUGCCACCAGGGGCGGAGGAGCUGGUGGGCAAAGCUGUGGAGCAUCUGUUUGAAAAGGAGGAUGGAGAGAAGAACGAGUGGAGAGGCAUGGUCCUCUCCAGAGCUCCCAUCAUGACCAACUGGUAUUAUAUCACUUAUGAAAAGGACCCCGUGCUUUAUAUGUACCAGCUGUGGGACGACUAUGCUGACGGAGACCUCAGGAUUCUGCCUGAAGCAGAAAACAAACACCUGUUGCCUGCAGACAGGAAGCCCGGAGAAGAGACGGAGAGUCUGGUGGGGAAACAGGUGGAGUAUGUUACUGACAAAGGUGUGAAGAGAACAGGCCUGGUCAUCUACCAGGUCCCAGCCAAGCCCUCUGUCUACUAUAUCAAAUAUGAUGAUGACUUUCAUAUCCAUGUCUAUGACCUGGUGAAAACCACCUAGGCAUAGUGGACACUUUAUCUCACUCUCCAGCCUCCCUCCAUCUGCGUCUGUUCCACUCAUCGUUAUAAUCUGUUAUCCAAAGCCAUGGCAGGGUUGAAUAGUUAAAACGCUUUAUUGUUCAGAAGAAAGUGCAAUCUGUUUUUCAUAUGCACAGCAGAACUGUAGCACCGCUAUGCUCGGCUAUCGCAAGGAGAUGGAGUCAACUUGUUUUUAUUGUUGCUGCUCUGCAUUUUUAUUUAAGGUUGGACAGUUCAGGAUGGCCCAACAGCUGCAAAGAGGGCAGUUGAUUUCUGCAUUUUGUUUUGUUUUUCCUUGAGAUGUUCGCUAAUCUGUCCUUGGAGUAAUUAUCCUAAUUAAAUCAAAGUGUGACUAAAAAGCUGCUCAAAAUAUUCCUAUGAAGACACUUUUCUUUGGAUCUACUAAAUAGCUAGUAAGCACGAUAUACACAUAACGUUUGGGAUAGACACAUUCCACUGAGGCAUUUAUUAAAUUAAAUGGGUAGAUGAAUAUGUGUAUUGUAUUAAUCUAACAAUAUUAUACAAUUAUUGUUAAUAAUGGUAGGAAUGACUGAUAUCAGCAUUGUAAAAGAGGUCCCUUAUAUUUACAAAAGCCUUUUAGAUUAAUUAUGCUUUGUGUAAAGAUUCUCCUGCACCGUUGCACCAUAUUUAGCAAGUUAUAAGAUACUUUGCACUGGUGGAAAAGACACAGUUUGCCAAAUUCUCAUAUAAAUUAGAUCCCACACAAAUCAUAAAGUGCCUUCCGGCUUGUCAUUUUGCAAUAUUGUAAAUACUAUAUCUCCACCAUCUACGCCCUUAUUAAAUCAUUGCGUAUGAAGGCUGCUAUUUGGAUUUCAUUCAGAUGUAAGGACACUGACAGCUUGAGGAAAGUUUUGCAACCAUCAGUUUAUGAGUGCUGUGUUUUGCUGUUAAUGCAGUAUCAAAUGUUCUUUAAAUAUUACACACUUCAUUGGUUGUAUAAGCUCACUGUUGAUCUUCGGGGAGCACUUUAUUGUAUAAAGUUUACAUGUUUAGGUUAUAGUACGCUAUACACAGUUGUGGUCGGAAGUUUACAUACACUUGUAAAGAACAUGUAUUUCAUGACAGUCUUGACUUUUCAAUAAUUUCUACAACUCUUAUUUUUCUAUGAUAGAGUAAUUGGAGCACAUACUACUUUGUCACAAAACAAAAAUCAUGAAGUUUGGUUCUUUUAUUAAUUUAUAAUGGGUUUUCUGAAAAUGUGAUCAAAUCUGCUGGGUCAAAAAUAUACUUACAGCAACAUGAAUUAUCAAUUUUUGGGAUGUAGAAAGUUGUUUUAAAUUAACUUUGUGACAUGGCCUCUUAACUUCUUGUGAGUGAUUAUAAUUGACUAUAGCUGGUACCCCAUUUAAAUAGGGUUCAUAUGAUACAAUCGUUAGACUCAUCCACAAUGGAAAGGUCAAAGGAGCCUCAGCAUGGAUCUGAAAAAGCGGAUCAUUGACUUCAACAAGUCAGGAAAGUCACUUGUAGCCAUUUCAAAGCAGCUACAGGUCCCAAGAUCAACUGUGCACACAAUUGUUUGUAGGUAUAAAGUGCAUGGCACAGUUGCGUCACUGCCAUUAUCAGGAAGAAAACGCAAGCCAUCACCUGCUACGGAGAGAAAAAUGGUCAAGAGUCAACAGAGUACCAUUAAAAAGCAGGUCUGCAAUGAAUUAGAAGCUGCUGGAACACAGGUGUCAGUGUCCACAGUCAAGCGUGUUUUACAUCACUAUGGGCUGAGAGGCUGCCGUGCAGGAAGGAAGCCCUCGCUCCAGAAGCGGCACAUUGAGGCUCGACUGAAGUUUGCUGCUGAUCAAAUGGACGAAGAAACGGCCUUCUAGAGUAAAGAGGAAACACAAAUGUAUCUGUUUGGCCACAAUUACCAGCAAUAUGUUGGAGGAGAGAAGGUGAGGCCUUUAACCCCAACAUCACCAUGCCUACCAUCAAGCAUGGUGGUGCUACUAUUAUGUGCUGAGCAUGUUUUGCUGCCAAUGGAACUGGUGCUUUUCCUAAAGUCAAUGGAAUAAUGAAGAGGAUUACCUCCAAAUUAUUUAGGAGAACCUAAAAUCAUCGGCCAGAAGGUUGGGCGCUCCAACAGGACAAUGACUGCAGACACACAUACAAAGUGGAAAGGAAUGGCUAAAUCAGGCUAGAAUUAAGGUUUUAGAAUGGCUUCCCAAUGUCCCGACUUAAACCUGACUGAGAACAUGUGGACAGUGCUGAAGAAACAAAUCCAUGUCAGAAAGCCAACUAAUUUAGCUGAAAUGCACCAAUUCUGUCAAGAGGAGGGGUCAAAGAUUCAACCAGAAGCUUGUGGAUGGCUACCAAAAGCGCCUAAUUGAGGUGAAAAUGGCCAAGGGAAAUGUUACCAAUUUUUUUCGUUGUUGUAUGUAUAUUUUUAACUCAGCAGAUUUGAUCACAUUUUCAGAAGACUCAUUAGAAAUUCAUAAAAUAACCAAACUUCAUGAUUUUUGUUUUGUGUAUGUGCUCCAAUCACUCUAUCACAGAAAAAUAAGAGUUGUAGAAAUUAUUGAAAAGUCAAGACUGUCAUGAAAUACAUGUUCUUUACAAGUGUAUGUACACUUUUGACCACAACUGUAGUUUCCCCAAAAUGCUUUUUCCUUCAGAGAAAAUGUGGCGGAAUAAAUGCUUUAUAUCAUACGCAUGGAAGAAAAAAAGAAAAAUGUGUUGCAAUAUGUUCAAAUGACAGUAUUCAAUAUGUAAGACUUGUGUAAAAUGCCUUGUAAUGUUGCUUGUAGUGGUUACUCUCAUUUAUAUAAAUUUCUCAUCCAAACAACACCAGCUUUUAGUGAAAGGGUUGUUUAUUUCCAAAAAUGAUAACAGGUAUAUUCAACUGAAAAAAUAAGUUUGUUGACAGCAACUCACUAACUCUGGUUAUAGGCUUUAUAACUUUGUCUCUUGCCAACAUGUAUGCUUGCAAAAUUGGUCUCAUCCACACUUUUUCAGUUGUUGAAUUGGUCUAGCCCCGUCAGUCUUCUUCAAGUGUAUCCCUCAGUUAACUAGUCAAUCAGUGGUUUAACUGUUCCUGUUAUUUUUAGCUUUCAAAACACUGCAUGCAUUAUCUGAUCAGAGUGUCUGGAGAUAUUUAAACCUUAUUUUGACAGUAGGGAAGUGACAAUGUGUGGCAGAAUAGGUACCGUUAGUUUAACCUACAUUGAAAAAAAAAAAGGUUCUCACUGUACAUCACCACUAGUGGUGCUGUGUAGUGUUUCUGUGUUGUGUAAAGUGGAGUUACAAAUGACUGUAAGCGCUAUUCUUUAUGCUUUAAAUCACCUCCUGUUCCAAGAUGUAGCAGCAUCAACAGGCAAUUUGUGUCGUUAUUAUUCUGUCAUGAGUAAUAAAGAUUUUUGCACAUU